AUGGAGCUCUUAUAUGAGGAAUACCUAGCAAAUCGUGGAACAAUAGCAAAACCUUAUUACUGGCUAAGCUUCUCUCUAGAUUGCUCUAACUGUCCUUACCAUAUUCGGACAGGAGAAGCAGCAAGAGUUCCCAACACAGAAUUUUAUCAUAUUUUUGGAUUCCCUUAUGGGCCAACAGAUCCUCAAACAAAACACCUCACAUUUUAUGAACUAAAACCUUUUUCCGGUAGCCUGGUGCAAAAGGGCUAUGCUAGCAGUAGCAGUGGGAAUCAUAUCCAUCCAGAAUCAAUGCUAUUUGAGAUGAAUGGUUAUCUUGACUCAGCCAUAUACAGUAACAACAUAACCAAGCAUAUCAUUCUGUAUUCCAGCAACCCCCCUUGUAAUGAAGCUAACCACUGCUGCAUCAGCAAAAUGUACAACUUCCUGAGAGUGUAUCCAGACAUCACUAGUAUUUACUUUUCUCAGCUCUACCAUACUGAGACUGAAUUUCCUGCUUCAGCCUGGAACCGCGAAGCUCUGAGCCUGGCCAGCUUGUGGCCACACGUCACUUUGAGUCCAAUAAGUGGUGGGAUUUGGCAUUCACUCCUCAACAACUCUGUUAGUGAUGUCGCAGGAUCUACUGUUUUCCAGCCCAUUUUAAGUGGGAGAGCACUGGCUGACAGGCACAACGCAUAUGAAAUCAAUGUCAUAACAGGAGUGAAACCUUACUUCAGUGAAGUCUUUCCCCAGACAAAAGACAACCAGGACCUAAGAGCUCAGGCAGCUUUAGAGAGCAGCCCCUCAAACAAUGUCUUUCCUGGACAGUCUUUUCAAGUGAUGAGUGGACAACUGCAACCCAACCUAACUCCAGACCUCAGGGUUCCUGUGUUUUUUCUGCUAGUGCCUUUCAGAGACCUACCACCAAUCCAUGUGGGUCAAAACCCAAAUAAACCCAGGAAUGUAGUAAGGCACUUAAACAUGUCUCAAAUGUCAUUCCAGGAAACCAAGGACCUCAGAAGGCCUCCCACUGGAAGGCCAGAGGAGAUAGUGGAAAUCACAGACCAGUUUACACGGAGCAAAGAGGCAGAUGAAAAGAAGAAAAACAAGAAGAAAGGGAAAAAGUAA